AUGAAUGUACUUCCUGCGCAAAAUAUCUCAUUCAAAGACUUCAAAUUAAUUGGUUUCUACAGUCUAGGAGAAUGGAGGCCGCUUUUAUUUCUGCCUUUCUUUCUGAUGUUUUUAUUGGCUAUCACAGCUAAUUCUGUUCUCAUCUAUUUAAUCAAAUCUCAAAAGUCCCUGCAUUCUCCUAUGUAUGUACUAAUAGGUGUUAUGGCUGUGCUGGACUUGAUAAUGCCCAUGUUUUUUGUACCUAACAUGCUUCUUAGUCUCUUAUUCAAUUUGAGUGGGAUAUCUCUAACAGGUUGUUUGAUGCAAAUGUUUGGUCUUCAUUUUAUUGGAACAUUCCAAUCCACUUUGCUUUUCUGGAUGGCACUUGAUCGUUACUUUGCGAUAUGCAGACCCUACUAUCAUAAAUGCAUGGAAAUCCCUAACUUUCUAAAGUUUGUUGUUGGGCCAGUAAUCAGAAAUGGACUUCUGAUUGUCAUCAUGGUCUCUCUGGCUGGAAGACUGUCAUUUUGUUUAACGAAUGUUAUUGAUCACUCUUUUUGUGAACACAUGGCACUGGUUCAGUUAGCAUGCGGUGACAUAUCAAUUAAUAACAUUGUAGGACUUUUGGCUGCUUUCCUUAUAACAACAACUGAUUUUAUUCUCAUUACCAUUUCUUAUGUUGUGAUUUUUUCCUCUGUGUUUAGAUCUGGUAAGGCUCAUUUAAAGGCCAUCAAUACCUGCAUUACUCACAUAAUUAUUAUGACACUUACUUUGAUUUCUGCUUUGAUUGCGUUUUUGUCAUACAGAAUAAGAAAUAACAUUUCUUCUAGUAACCGUAUAUUUAUAAGUAUCUUAUACUUACUUUUUCCAAGUUGUCUUCACCCACUAAUAUAUGGAUGGAGAACAAAAGAAAUACGACAUACAUUUCUAAAGUUUAUAAACAGUGCAAAGGUCUUUCCUAUUAAACAGUGA